GAUUUGGAGCUAUCGAGCUCUCCACAAUCAACCCUGUGCGCUUGCAGAAGGGAGACCGACCCGACCCGCGUCUCACGUGUUCCUUCAUCGGCAACUGCGGCUGCCGGAGAAAUUACUGAGAAGCAAAUGACACAAGGAACGACGACGCCCUUUCAGACAACAAAUCUCUUCGCUCCUCCGCCUGGACCCGCCCCUGUUUUCGCGCCGGUGCAAAAAUUGAGCACGGAAACCUUCAAUACAAGUUCAGCUCAGACCGAAGCACAAGCCCAACUCGCAUAUCUUCAAUUGCAAGCUCUUCAA